UGCGUCCGGUAAGAGAAGUCAAACGCGUUAGUUCGGAGCUCGCGCUGGCUCCUGUUGCCACAGCAACCACUGAGGAUAAAUCCGUGCAGCUUCUGAUGCUGGAGCAUUACCGCAAUGAGGGGGAUGUAGCAGUUGUGCUCGGACAGAUGGGACCUCGAGAUUGACUGUGACUCACCACAAAGCGACGAGAAACGGAAAAUGUGGCGCUUAUAGUCGACUGUUAUGAUAUUAGAUGGAAGAGGCUGGAAAUCAAGACCUGAGGAAUGAACAAAGUGCUUGGAGGGACAAUGUGAGCAUUCAGAGUUGAAGGUUAUAAUCAAGUGUAGCCAUUACUGGAAGAAAAUAUCUGGCAGUAUUCAGGAUGAUUCUGCUGACUUUAUCUGAAUUAAAGAAUUCUUCCUCCUCAUUCUAGAAUCAGCGAUGGAUAACAAGGCAAAAACACACUCCGUGUCCAGAUUCUGAUUUCAAAGGAACUGGCAGAUGCUUGCUAUGGAAUAUUUUUAGACCUCUCUGAUGUCAACUAACUUUAUUUCUUUAUUGCUUCUUUAGUUUUGUCUUUCUCUAAACCAUGCUGGAAAACCCAAAUAAGUUAUUUAAUUGAGUGCGGACAGUGAAUGGAGAUCGUCAUUUAGCAUGCAAUGAAUUUCUCAAUUGUGUUUUAGUAUAAUCUGCUUGUCAUUUAUACAUCAGGGUUUCUUAACAUGGACAUAUGUAUGAUGUUAAAAAGCUUUCCUUCAAAACUUUGCUUUUGUGGAUUUCUAAUCAGCAGUAUAUGCAGCAAGCUUUUGAAAUGAUGAAUUAAAACAAUCCUUUUUGGUGAAAAACACAAGGCAGAAAAACAAGGGCUACCAAGGACGGUGCUCAGGUGCUGCUCCUAUAGCAUACAAAAAUUUGCUUAAUUUGAACAUUUGCACCUGCUUCCUGACUAUUUCACUCCUCUCAGCUGUGGCCAAGCUUCAUCUCUCAAGAUGAGCCAGAAGUCAGACUCAGACACUGAGAGCUCCCAGGCACCGGUGAUUUAUACGGUGGAGGAACUGGAGUGCAAGAUCUGCUACAAUCGUUUUGACACACGAGCCCGCAAGCCCAAGGUGUUGAGCUGCUUGCACCGGGUCUGUGCCAAAUGUCUAAAGAAGAUGGUGGAGCUGGACUCGUCUCCGAGCAUGAUCAGCUGCCCCUUCUGUCGCCAUGAGACUCAUGUCCCUGACGAGGAGAUCUGGUUGCUUCAAGAUGACAGCAACAUUUUGGCUAUUCUGACUUACCAGGACCGGGCUCGUAAGAGCGGCACCACACCCAGUGGUGAGGUCCUUUUGACACCCAAUAGCCUAAGUGGAAGCGAGCAGGCCCAUAGCUCGUCCGACUGCCUCGUCAUCACAAUCAUGGAAAUCCCUGGAGAGUCACAGUCCUCUGACUCUAUGAGCAUGUUGAACAUGGUGCGGUUGUAUAGGACGGCCAGUUUGGACUCCUUGCCUUGCCACCUGCCUGUGCAGAAGUGUCGGGCUUGGACGUCUCAUUCAGUUCCUCGCUUUUUGAUGGGUUUCCUCUGCUUGGUCUACUUUAGCUCACUGCCACUGGGGAUCUACUUGCUGAUGAUCCAGCAGCUCACGAUGGGAGUGAUCUUGGUCAGCCUGGUGCCCUCCACCUUGGUCCUUUGCGUGUUCUAUGGCUUCUGCCAAUGUCUGUGCCAUGAGAUCAUGGAGGCCAUCGCCACAUAACAACCUACGUCAGUCCUUGGGCUGAUCUUUGAACUAGCAAGACCUGUAAAAGAACAAAAGCCAAAUCACUGAUGCAUAUCUACUAAUACCAGACACCGCAUUUUUUCCGUCACACCAGAUUAUACCAGCAUCUACCAGUGAACUCCUUGUAACUCACAUCACAUUGUAUGCAGGGCCAACUGUACUUGACGUUAGCAGUUAAAGCUGGAUGUAUUGAUUUUGGACUGCAUCAGAUCGCUGUGGUUUUGUAUAAUGUCUAGCUCACCCAAUGGGUCUUCAACAACUGUGAUAUAAAUAACACGCAACAGAGAAUGAAGGCCUUCCACACUGUAAUAUGGAAACCACUGGAUGUGUUCAACAAUACUAGAUGAAUUUGUUUGUUUUGUGUUAUCUUCUGCAUAUCUGUGGCAUAAUUUCAAUCGUCUCAAUGUUCUCAUUGAAGUUUCUAGUUGCCUUUGUAAGGCAUGUCAAUGGCCAAGCUGUAAUGUAUAUGUAAAAUAAGUGAAUUUGUGUUUGUCAUUGCUAUGAGAAUGAACAAAUACUUUAAAGCCACCCAUUAGAUAUUCAAUAAAGAAUCUUCCAUAUCUAAUAGAA